CAGAUCUGGGUGUUUACAUAAUAAUCGACAGAUGGGAUUGUCCCUGCAAAGUUUUUCUACCGUAUUCCAACAUAUCGACCAUUCACCAUGAGAAACUCGCUGGUGCGUCGGACAAGUUGGCUGCUAGUGUAAGCCACUGGCACUUCAGCCUGUAAAGUGCUUGACUCAAAGUCAUCUAAUUCAGGUACAUCUCUGACAGGUACAUCCCGGUACCCUCUAGCCCUACUGAUGGGUUCUAAGUACAGCUAGGUAUUCAUUCAUGUACACGCGUACCUCUGUAUCUGCUCUGUACUUAUUCAGCACCCUGGCCAAGUGCCCACUUACCUGUACAGGUAAGUAUCUCGUCACCUCAACCGUUGGUAAAGUACCUCCUACCUACCAGGCCCUACAACCACCCCCAGCAGUACCCAAGUUCCAGUCAACAGGGCACCUGUCGGAGUUUUGCUCACGUUGGACCCUUACUCCCAAGACUGGAGUGUCCCGGUCACCAGGAGAGAGAAAGAGGCGAGUCGAUCUGGGUUCGUCGCACCCUGGAACACCACCGGGACGACAUUCCCAAUUGAGAUGCCGUGUCAUCUACCUACACGGACUCGUUCGUACACUACAGUAGGCAUCGGGUGGAGGUUGUGUCAAUAGCUAAGUCUGGAUCAACAACUGCCUACCCAGGCGUGAAUGUAUUUAGGACAAUAUUAACACCGCCGGACACCCGACAGUCGGUCCCAGGGAGAGAACAAGCGAGCACGCGAUGAGAACGCCACACGGCUUGUGCCGGGACACACCGACAGUUGCUGCUGCAGGGGACAGACAGAAAACAGAAAGAAAGAAGUUUGAAGUCCGACAAGAUCCAAUGAGAAUCCCCGACCGCAACAACGCCUUCGUCCUACUCGUCAGGCUCCUUCACAACGAAUACUAGUCUCAUCACGCAUCUCCCUAUCAACAUCGCCAACAUCGCCAACAUAUUCUGUAUCAUGCCAACAACAGUUGGGAGCUGGGUGUUUCCCAGCAGUGGGGUUUCACUCGCAGACACGUGGUGGUCAUGCCCACCACUACGACGUAGAGGAGCAUUGAGCUGAGUAUGUAGGAGGCAGUCAGAUUUGCCCCAACAGAGUAGGUGUAGCAGAUGGUGUAGGUAGACAAGGUCUAAUGUGUUAUAUGUAGGUAUUUCUCUUCCAUCGAGUCCAAUCACUUGUUUCGUAGAACCGCCAUCAAUGUUUUGGUGAUGUAUACUGCUAGACUAGACACAUCAUCUAGUGCACACGUACACUGUCUGUCUGCCUGCCCGCGGCGACGAUGGCGAGGCAGAGCAGAGACGUGGCAGAGCUACUUGUACUUACUUGUAGGCAGAUUAUGACGGUGAGGCAAAACAAGGCAAAAGAUCUCACUCACACCGACUACUUACAAACCAUCCUUACAAUUUUUUUGUAUUCAAUAAUGCGAAUCUAAUAGGUGAGAUUCGGAAAUUAUAUAUCUUGGUACACUAAACUCUAACCUUCGAUUAAUAACAUCCACCCUUUGCUCCACGGUGAGAGACGAUGAUCGAGAUGUUCAUUCAUCCCCCCCCAAUUGCGAGCCAACUGCAAAUGGCGAAAGAAAGUGUAGAUCACAGACGAGGGUCGCCCACUCAUCGAACCACAUAAGCACAAGACACACACAGACACCCGUACAUCGCACUUGCAAAGUAUAGGGAUGUCGCUUAUCUCAGAGGAUUCGGAUGGGUGACCCUGUCUUUGUCCCCGUCGUGAUUUUUUUUCUUUUUUUUUCUGUCUCUCGCAAAUUGCUAACUAACCCACCUGCAAAACCAAAAGGGUUGGCAUAAAAAUAUAACUGGGGAAUGCGUCGCGUGACGAGAAUUCGGGACAGCGGCCGCUUAAGCGAGACUUUGCAAAACUGCACCCUUGCCCCAAAUACCUAACUUCAUACCAACGAAUUUCUCUGGAACAAAUCCGCUCUUUUUACCCAGUCUAGGUAACCCGUAGCGUGACCCCCUGCUCGAACACUUGGAGACGUCGGAAUGGAAAUGGAUAGCGCAGGCGGUAUCCACCGAGAGAGUAUUUAGACCACUUGCAUACCUAGUAAUUCUACUUUGACUUCUUCGGCUAACUUGAAGGGUAAAAAAAGGGAAAUUUGCCUAGACUAGACUGGGGUGGAAAAUGAAGGGAAAUGAUCAGAGAGAAAAAAGUAAAGAUGAAGAGUAUUUGGGAGAAGGGAAAAAGGAGGUAAAAGAAAUGCAAAAUAGUAGCUAGCGAUUGUUUCGAUCAAUCGACCUCCGGGUUAUGAGCCCGGCGCUCUUCCACUGAGCUAGCUAGCUCUGUAUCUCUUGUUGUGUCCACAGA